GAUAAUGUGGACCCCAGUAUGGUUGGUGGAAACGCAAGGAAGAAGGAGGAAGAGGUAGGUUUGGAUACGAUGGGCAGCCAACAGGAUGGCGAAAAGGAUAGGGGCGACGAAGUGAGAAGCUUGGACGACCUGCAGGAGCUGGCAGGCUCCACCGGCCGCUGGAACCUCACCGUCAUUGUCCUUGCCUGCUUCUGUACGUUUACGACGCUAUUGAAUGGGCUCGCUUACCAGUUCUUGGGUGCCACCCCCAACUACUGGUGCCACAUGGUGCCUUUGGUGGAGGCCAACUGGACAGAUGAAGAGAUCAUUAACUUUGCCAUCCCCUCCAG